ACCGGCCCUUCCUGCCACUGGCGGGUUACCGGCUGGACCUGGUGCUUCUCCUUGGCGCCCGCCUCCCCGCCCCCGGGGAGGAACUUGCCAUCGCCUCGCCCCCGUGUUCUGCAGCCUCAUCUCCGCGUGGCGGGAGGACCUGCCAACCCUCGCUCACGCCGCCUCGCCGCCACCUCGCUGCACCGCCCGCGCCAUGAGCGCGCGCCUGCCGCUCUUCCUGCGCCAGCUCCGCCGCCCGCCGCAGCCCGCGGGCCCGCCGCGCCGCCUCCGAAUGCCCUGUCGCGCCAGCAGCGGCGGCGGCGGCGGAUGUGGCGGCGGCGAGGGCCUGCUAGGGCAGAGGCGGCAGCAGAAUGCCCAGGCCGGGAGCAGCCGCGGCCGGGGCAGCGGCGCGCCCCCGGCGGGGAACUCGAUCGUCAGAGAAGUCAUUCAGAAUUCGAAAGAAGUUCUGAGUUUAUUGCAAGAAAAAAACCCUGCCUUUAUGCCGGUUCUUGCUAUUAUUCAGGCAGGGGAUGAAAACUUGAUGCAGGAAGUAAACCAGAAUUUGGCUGAGGAGGCUGGUCUGAACAUCACUCACAUUUGCCUUCCUCCAGAGAGCAGUGAGGACGAGAUUAUAGAUGAAAUCUUGAAGAUUAAUGAAGACACGAGAGUACAUGGUCUUGCCCUUCAGAUCUCUGAGAACUCAUUUAGCAACAAAGUCCUCAAUGCCCUGAAGCCAGAAAAAGAUGUAGAUGGAGUAACAGAUAUAAACCUGGGGAAGUUGGUGCGUGGGGAUGCCCAUGAAUGUUUUGUUUCACCUGUGGCCAGAGCUAUAAUUGAACUUCUUGAAAAGUCAGGUGUCAACUUAGAUGGAAAGAAGAUCUUGGUAGUAGGAGCCCAUGGGUCUUUGGAAGCUGCCCUGCAAUGCCUGUUCCAGAGAAAAGGGUCUAUGACAAUGAGCUCCCAGUGGGAAACACCUCAGCUUCAAAGCAAGCUUCACGAGGCUGACAUUGUGGUCUUAGGCUCGCCCAAGCCAGAAGAUAUUCCUCUUUCUUGGAUACAACCAGGAACUACUGUUCUCAACUGUUCCCAUGACAUCCUAUCAGGCAAGCUUGGAUGUGGUUCUCCCAGCAUACAUUUUAGCGGUCUCAUCGCAGAAGAUGAGGUGAGCCUCCUUGCUGCAGCUCUGCGGAUUCAGAAUAUGGUCAGUAGUGGAAGGAGAUGGCUUCGUGAGCAGCAGUACACGAGGUGGAGACUUCACUGCCUGAAACUGCAGCCCCUCUCCCCCGUACCAAGUGAUAUUGAGAUUUCCAGAGCACAGACUCCAAAAGCUGUGGAUGUCCUUGCCAAGGAGAUAGGAUUGCUUGCAGAUGAAAUUGAAAUCUAUGGCAAAAGCAAAGCCAAAGUACGUCUGUCGCUGCUGGAAAGGUUAAAGGAUCGAGCAGAUGGAAAAUACGUCUUAGUUGCUGGGAUCACACCCACCCCACUUGGAGAAGGGAAAAGCACAGUUACAAUUGGGCUUGUACAGGCACUGACUGCACACUUGAACAUCAACUCUUUUGCCUGUCUGAGGCAGCCUUCUCAAGGGCCAACUUUCGGAGUUAAAGGAGGAGCUGCAGGUGGUGGAUAUGCCCAGGUCAUUCCCAUGGAGGAGUUCAACCUUCACUUGACGGGGGACAUCCAUGCCAUCACCGCUGCCAAUAACUUACUGGCUGCUGCCAUUGACACAAGGAUUUUGCAUGAAAACACUCAAACUGAUAAGGCUCUGUAUAAUCGACUGGUUCCUUUAGCGAAUGGUGUUCGAGAAUUUUCAAAAAUUCAGCUUGCUCGGCUGAAAAAACUGGGAAUAAAUAAGACUGAUCCGAGCACACUGACAGAAGAGGAAGUGAGGAAAUUCUCCCGUCUCAACAUUGACCCGUCCACCAUCACGUGGCAGAGAGUAUUGGAUACAAAUGACCGGUUUCUACGAAAAGUAACGAUUGGGCAGGCACACACAGAGAAGGGAUAUUCCCGGCAGGCGCAGUUUGACAUCGCAGUGGCGAGCGAGAUCAUGGCUGUGCUGGCCCUGACGGACAGCCUUACGGACAUGAAGGACAGGCUGGGAAGGAUGGUAGUGGCCAGUGACGAAAGUGGGCAGCCCGUAACAGCAGAGGAUUUGGGGGUGACAGGUGCUUUGACAGUUUUGAUGAAAGAUGCAAUAAAACCAAACCUGAUGCAGACCCUAGAAGGGACGCCUGUAUUUGUGCAUGCUGGUCCCUUUGCUAACAUCGCCCAUGGCAACUCUUCAGUAUUGGCUGAUAAAAUUGCCUUGAAACUCGUUGGUGAAGAAGGAUUUGUAGUGACUGAAGCUGGCUUUGGUGCUGAUAUUGGUAUGGAGAAAUUCUUCAACAUCAAGUGCCGAGCUUCUGGUUUAGUGCCCAACGUCGUCGUGCUGGUGGCAACAGUGCGAGCUCUGAAGAUGCACGGGGGCGGGCCAAGCGUAACUGCAGGUGUCCCUCUUAAGAGAGAAUACACAGAGGAGAACAUCCAGCUGGUGGCAGACGGCUGCUGUAACCUCCAGAAGCAAAUUCAGAUCGCUCAGCUCUUUGGGGUUCCCGUCGUCGUAGCUCUGAAUGUGUUCAAGACCGACACCCGCGCUGAGAUUGACUUAGUGUGCGAGCUCGCCAAGCGGGCCGGUGCCUUUGAUGCGGUCCCCUGCUAUCACUGGUCGAUGGGUGGCAAAGGGUCAGUGGACCUGGCUUGGGCUGUGAGAGAAGCUGCAAGUAAAAGGAGUCGUUUCCAGUUCCUGUACGAUGUUCAGCUUCCAAUUGUGGAAAAGAUAAGAACCAUUGCCCAGGCUGUCUAUGGAGCCAGAGAUAUAGAACUCUCUCCUGAGGCACAAUCCAAAAUUGAUCGUUACACAGAACAGGGUUUUGGAAAUUUGCCCAUCUGCAUGGCAAAGACCCACCUUUCUUUGUCUCACCAACCUGACAUGAAAGGUGUACCCAGGGAUUUCAUCUUACCCAUUAGUGAUGUCCGGGCCAGCAUCGGUGCUGGGUUCAUUUACCCUUUGGUUGGAACGAUGAGCACCAUGCCGGGACUGCCCACGCGGCCCUGUUUCUACGACAUAGACCUUGACACGGAAACAGAGCAAGUCAAAGGUUUGUUCUAAAUGAACACGACACCACAGGACCCCGGGCCACUCAGGCUCCUGAAACACAAACUGCUCCUUGCCUUUUGGCUGCAGUUGGAGAAGACAGCAAAUUUGAAAUAUACUUGUUACGCAAUGCUGGAGAAAUGGUGAAAUAGGCCAAAGAUUUAUCCUUCCUUCAAGACAAAUUCUCUUUGCAACCGAGUAUAGUGUUCAGUAAAAGGACCUCCACCAAGUUUGAAAGAAACUAAUUUAUUUUCUGUUUCUGCCGAGUUUACAUUAUGUCCCAUUGCUUACACUUUAGAAUGUUUACUGUAUGGGGACUGAGGGAUUAAAAGAGUGUGAACUAAAAGGUAACAUUUUCCACUCUGGAGUUUUCUGUUUUGUCUUUGAACUGAAAAUAAAUAUGUAUCUAGAAAACCAACCAGCAAGUUUUCAGCGCCAGAUAAACCUCUGCUCUCUAGAGGUAACUCUUCAUGUUGGGGUUGUUACCUGACACCAGUUUCCUGGAAAAUUGUGAAUGCAACCAGAGCUUUAUAAAUAUAACAAGAAAAAAAUAACACACACACAAGAGAAAUAUCUGGUCAAUUGUGAAAUCCUCCGACUGUUGGAGAUUUGUAAUAUCCUUUGGAGCAAAGUGCAUUUUAUAUCCAGAACUACUUUUCAGUGCCACUGAAAUUUACAUCACUCACCUAAAAACGAGGGGUUUUAUGCUAGUUUCUUCUACCUAUAAAUGAAUCUCAGUGAUCAAUAAGCUUUCGAAGGCCCAUAGGGCAAAGAAAGUGCCUUGUAAAUGUCAGGUGUUUGGCAAAUGUUUUUCCAUUUGUCCAACUCUUAAUUCGGAGGAAAGAAUGUUCUAUGGCCUUAUUCCCCUCCCCAGAGUUCCUGACCCUUCUUUGUUCCCAUUUUUUUCCUACAAUAAUAUAAAAUUAUGUGAAAGUUAAGACAGAACGAAGCAUUCAGGAGCACACAAGACGUGCUUGUCCUCUAAGCAGUGUAAGUAAAAUAGUCACCAUAAAUAUCUUAAAUGUCCCCCAGGCACAUCCUGCAGGAGUCCUUGCCAUUGGCUCUUUCCUGUGUUCUUGUACUACUCCCUUCACUGACUCUCAUUCGUUGCUCUGCCCAUAAUUUAUCUUCAUAUACAACUUAAUUUGUUCCAAAACACUGACUACUUACUAAAAAGCCUCCCCACGCAAAGACCAUCCCACGAAUAAUUUCACAGGAGCGCCCCCCACCCCAUCCCAGCCCUUUCUUCGGGAGUACACCUCCCUACAUACACAGUAAACUACUAUUUUCAAUACUAUUUGAGGAUUAUAAGGGUUCUCAGUAAAUUUGUUCUCUGUAAUGCAUUCAGUAAGCAGUCUUUCUCAUGAAUUGAUUUUUCAGCAUUUCCCAUCUGCUACUUGAGUUUUAUUUUCCUCUAUCAUGUAAAGCUCCAUUUUCUAAUUUGAAAUGUUUGGGGGGUCGAGAGGGAGAUUUUAGAAAUGUAUAUUCCAAGUUCUUUAGACCAGGGAUUUCCUUCUUUGUCUGCUUUCACCAGGCAACUCACCAAUUCACCCAAAAAAAAAAAAAAAGGAAAGAAAAACAGCAUCCUGAACACAGAUGUGGGAAUUUUAAUAGUCACGCUGAAGAACCUGUAAUCCAGGAUGUACUGGAAACUCCAAACUGCUACCCCUCAGGAGGGCUCAUCUUAACCCCUCUCUACAUGUCAUAAAUGACGUUUGAUUGAUUUGUUUCCUCUCAUUCACUUACCCUACAAGCACACAGUCCUGCUGAAGAAGCAGUCUCCACUGGCAAGAAAGAGCGUUGGCACGUUGGUUAAUGGGCUUAGCGACUCCUGAUCUGAGUUGAGGCAUUCAUAGACUGCAGGUGUUAUUUUAGGGAAGAGCUAGUCAUCUACUCUCUUCUGACGCCAAGGCCCGAGGGAAAAAAAUCACGUAACCUUUGGCAUGGUGGGUUUCAGUUAGAAAUCUUCCCAGGAAAGGCAGGUCCAGAUUUCUCUCUGCUUCUCUAACUGAAAUGUAAGGAACAGGAACAGCCUAGAAAUGGUGAGGGACCCUGGUGACCCGCCAUGGUUCACAGACAUGUGGUCUUGCUCCCUGUGCUCACGGCUGUAGUAGCAACACCCGCCAAGGUGGAGACCCAAACCGGGAGAACCCUGAAGGCUCCCAGAGGUACACACUGUGGGGAUUAACCGGUAACCGGGGAGACUCAGGUCUCAGCUCGGCAACUAGCCAAUGCACUCAUUAAUAUUCCUUUUAUUCCUCUAUUUCCAGGGUUAUUUUGUUUAACUGGAAGGUGCUGAAGUAAGCAAUACAUGAGUAUUGUUCACAAAAGAUAUUUAAAGAGAAUUCCUCUGGUUUAACAUUCUCCAGGGACUGGGUUUUAUCAAAAUUUAUAAAUAUGACGCUUACCUUAUUGAUUCCAGAAAAAUCCACAUACAUAUAUUGUUCCAUUGCUUUUGUAGAAUGUGUAAUAUGCAAAGGACUAAAAAGUAAUAAGGGCACUUUUAUAGCAUUUGUUACAAACCUGCAGUCCAUAUCCACUGAAAAAGUGGAGUAUUAGGGCAGAGCAGUGGGCCAGUGAGUGGGUCUUCAUGUGGUUCCUUCAACUCUAAUGCGCUAUAGACCCGAAAAAAAGCUCUUGCAGCUACACUUUAAUCAAAAGACAGUCGACUAGAAUUCAGGAGUCCAUGAACUUAGAUGAAAAAAAGAAUUCCAUCUUUGUUUUCAUUGACCUCUAACUGUAAUGUAGCAUUUCCUUCAAUCAUGAAUGUCGGCAACAAACCACUGUUAACAGUACCCAUGUCUGUCGCUAAAAGUCACUGAUAUUUUAAUUCUGCAUGAGUUUCUGUAGAUAUUCGCAGUAGCAUUUAUGCUCAUCACUACCUCCAAAUCAUGAUAGUUAGAUCUACCCCAUCCUUGUUAUUUCAUGUGUAAAGAGCCACAUUUAUUGCUAUAACCAAAUUUGAUUCCAUUUUGAUAAUCGCAUUUCACUCUCAUUGGUUUGCUUUAUCAUCAUACAGGGCAUUUAAAAACAUUCUGAUAAGGGGUCCACACACUUCAUCAGACUGUUAAAGGGGUCCAUGCACAAGAGGUUAUAACCCCUGGCACUAGAUGAAAGUCUGGCAGCCUAAAUGCCGGCUCCGUGGCAGCGCUGUGCUCCAGGCUGUGCCUACUGGUCCCUGCUCCAGGGUUCCUGGUCUGGAGCUGAGAUUCUUGCUCUGGGAGUAGCACAGGCAGCACUUGUCACUGAAGCCCUUCCGAGCCUCACUCAGACAAUACAGAAGAACCUCUGGAAACUGUAGAGUGCUGUCAAUGCACAGCUUGGUUAGCAACGCCAGCCCCUGAACUCCCACCUUGCCCUGCUCUGGAGCCCUGGCUUCCCACGUGGCUUCAGGUGCUGCCCCUGGCAACCAAGCCUACCUGACCUGGUCACCCACAGCUCACACGAGGCUUCAGCUUGCAUCCUUGUUCUGGGGACUACAGGCUCAGGGUAACCAACAAUGUUAUUUCUACAAAAUUACAGGUUUUACUGUAAUUUACUGGUAAGACCCAUUGUUGAAUAGCAUUUUUUUAAUUUGUUAAUUUGUUCAUUCAUUUGUUCUACCAACAUGUACUGGGCAACUACCAAGAAUGAAGCAGAAUGUUUCAAGAAGAAAAGCAAAUAAACAUAGAAAUUCCA